AGUGUGCUCUGAAGCGUACCGUCUGAAGAGAACCAGUGGAAUAAAUUUCCCCGUCAGAGGGGGAUUCCGACAAUGAGGAAAGUCGACCGCGACCCUUCGACCCCGACUGAGAGAAAGGGGUGGGUCGAGGCAGACAUCCAGUUCGAGGACGAAGGGGGAGAGAUCGCCGGGGUCAUACCCGUCACGGAGAGGUUCCUCGGCAGGUGGACCGGACACGGCUUGACUCGAGUGGCAUAUAAGGAUUCCUCCUGGUUCAGAAAACUCUGCUGGCUUCUCCUCUUCUUGGCUGCUGCAGCGUACUUGGUCGUCGAAGCGAUGGAAGCCAUCAACCUAUACCUUCAGUACCAAAAGGCGACAUCGAUCACGCUGGAUCAGAAGAAGAGUAUCGCCUUUCCUGCCGUGACCGUGUGCCCCUACGGUCCCCUGCGGAAAGAUCUGACCGACGACUCCACGCUGACCAGAUUCAAGAACCUCUUCAGGCUGAACGACGACCUACGGACCGCGAUCGGGCAGUCGGCGCCACUCGACUCCUCGUGUUCUCGGGCGGGGAACGGCUCCAGUCCGGCCUCUAACGAUACGGCAUGCUCGGUCGGCAACGCAGGAACGGCGACGAGCUGCGUCAAGCCCUUCGCUUACCUCAACCAUGGCACGGUGGAGAUCAACGGCACGACAUACAGAACAGAUGAUUACCCUAGCAUGUUGCUGCUUACCAACCUCGCACUGGAAGACUUCCGCUCGUUCCUGGCACUGGCGGAUGAUUCCGGCAUCAUCUCCCCCAGCGCGCUCGUACCCGACUGCACUUUCGGGGGGGCACCGUGCGGGCCAGAGGAUCUCCAGUGGGUGACGGACCCCUACUACGGGAAGUGUGUGUCCUUCAACUACCGGGGAAACAAGACGACGGAACGCGCCGGCUUAUUGCACGGACUCCACCUCCGGCUGUCCUGGAACGGCUCCGACCCCCUGACCCUCCUGUCCCCGGCCGAAGGAUUCCGUCUGGUCCUGCACGACCCGCAGCUGCCUCCCGACCCAACGACGGAGGGCUUGGACGCGGCGCCGAGGAAGAAUUCCCACGUGGCCGUGAGGAAGACUCAAGUGAAUCGACUCCCUCCGGAGAACGGCGGGUCGUGCUCCCCGGAUUCCUACCUCGGCGACAGGUUCAACGGGCUCUUCACGAAGAGUAACGAGACGAAGUACUCCGAGAAGCUGUGCCUGGAACUAUGCAAGAUCGAAAAGAUUCUGAACGAAACCAAAUGUUAUUACAAGUCCCCCCUUCUGCAGGACUUAUGGAAUUCCUCCAAUUACUGCAAUGAAUCAAAGCGAAUGAUCCACGACGAUCCUCCCCCACCCCCUUCCAAAGGUGCAUUCCGAGCCGUGCAGAAACCGCAACGCUUCGACGCUUCGGUCGACCAGCCCCCCUGCGGCUGCUCCAUCCCCUGCAGUCAGAACAGGUACUUCUGGUCGCUGUCGUCCGUGGACUUGAUCCCCGAGAACGAGAUGCUCUCGGACCUCGUCGAUUGGCUGAAGAAGCAGAAGGGGCUGGGACUCGACGAGAGCCAGCUCGAAAAUAAAACAUUCUGCCUUCGACGCGGAAAGUUGGAGAAUGCGGCCGUUGUGAACGUCUACUACGAAACGAUGAUCGUGGAGACCUACGGGGAAUCGCCGGGAUUGACAUGGCUCGUCUUCGUCGGAGUCCUGGGCGGGUGGAUGGGACUCUUCGUGGGGAUGUCGUGCAUGUCCCUCUUCGAAGUCCUGGAAUACGUCGUCGACUUUCUGCUCUAUGCCUGGAGGGCGCCUCGCCGCGACAAGAUGGGACCGAGGCGGAGGGCCGUUCUCACCCGUGAGGACGCUUUUCUCAUUCCGAUCGUGGCCUUAAUUCUUGCCUGA